AUGGAGGAAGUAAAGAAGAGGGACUGUAUGGAGAAGGCAAGACCAUUCAUUUCAGUGGUAUUGUUGCAAGUAGGGCUAGCAGGAAUGGACAUUCUCUCAAAAGCUGUCCUAAACAAAGGCAUGAGCAAUUAUGUCCUUGUUGUUUACCGUCAUGCCGUUGCUACCGUGGUUAUGGCCCCGUUUGCCUUAUAUUUCGACAAGAAGAUGAGACCUAAGAUGACGUUAAUGAUAUUCUUCAAGAUAACACUUCUUGGUUUACUUGAGCCAGUGAUCGACCAAAACUUAUACUAUCUGGGGAUGAAAUAUACAACGGCUACAUUUGCAACCGCCAUGUACAACGUUCUACCCGCAAUCACUUUCGUUCUUGCCUAUAUAUUUGGGCUUGAAAGAGUGAAACUAAGGUGCAUUAGGAGCGCAGGUAAGGUGAUUGGGACAUUGGCUACAGUUGGAGGAGCCAUGAUAAUGACUCUUGUAAAAGGUCCAGUUCUCGACCUCUUCUGGACCAAAGGAGCCUCGGCACUAAACACAGAUGGAACCGAUAUUCACAGUGCUAUCAAAGGCGCAGUUUUGGUCACAAUCGGUUGUUUCAGCUAUGCAUGUUUCAUGAUUCUUCAAGCUCUAACGUUGAGGACUUAUCCAGCUGAACUCUCACUCACAGCAUGGAUAUGUCUAAUGGGAACAAUAGAAGGAACUGCCGUGGCAUUAGUGAUGGAGAAAGGAAACCCAGGCGCGUGGGUCAUUGGUUGGGACACUGAACUUCUUACAGUGGUUUACAGUGGGAUAGUGUGCUCGGCAAUUGCUUACUAUGUUGGAGGAAUGGUGAUGAAAACCAGAGGUCCUGUGUUUGUAACAGCUUUUAGUCCUCUUUGCAUGAUCAUAGUAGCGAUUAUGUCUACUGUCAUCUUUGCUGAACAGAUGUAUCUGGGAAGGGUUCUUGGUGCGGGAGUUAUAUGUGCAGGACUUUACCUUGUGAUAUGGGGCAAAGGAAAAGAUUACCAAUUUUCUUCGACACCACAAACAUGUGAUGAAUCAACACAACCAAAGUUGGAACUAAGCAGAAAGGGGAAAGAUAAUGUAAAUCAUGAAGUCAUUACUAUCAACAAUCAAGGAGAACAAAGAACAUUCGUAGAAACAGUCUAACUGUAUAUAUAAUACAACGAGGGCACAAAAAUGCUUUGCAUGGAGUAAACGGACGUAUACCACUUUCAUAUGUUGUUCACUAUGUAUCAGAGAAACUGUAGGAUAGAAUUGCUAACUAUCAUGGGAGGAAAAUAAUUGUGGAACACGAAUAUAAAUGUAAACAAAAUAAAAAUUGAUGAAGCA